AUGACGGGAGAACACUUGCAGACGCUGCUGGACGACGAGCACUGCUGCGACCUCCUGCACCACGCUGCCACGCUCCUUGCGAGGGCGGAAAUCCCUGGCCCCGCCAUCCUGGAAGAACACCGCCGCUUGCUCGCGAGGAUACCACAUGUCGGGGACCUGCAAUUCUCGUGGCUCCUGCUCAGCCUGUGCGCCAACCCCCGGGCCAACUUCUUCCUGAGGGCGCUGGCUCCCGAGGACACGGCCGCCUUCGCCGCAGCGCACGACGACAACCUGGCCAACGCGCUCGCCGACUCGCUGGAACUCCCGCAAGAAGCUAUGCUCCGCGAACGCUGCCCCGAGCUCACAAACCAGAUCUGCGCUGCACUGAGCGAGCUGGACCGGGGCCCGCUGCCGGCCGCUCCCGGGUGCUUACAACAAGCCAGCACGGCAAAGGAGCACCUCUCGGCGCACGGCUUCGCCGCGCCCAACGGGCACGAUCUUGCGCAGAGCGCCCGGCCACCGCCGACGCACGAGCGGGAGCAUGGCGAAUGGGCGCACGGCUGGCAGUUCUGGGCCGCCAGAGUCUUGGAGAACACAGCCCGACAGCAGCUCCUCAACGCCUCCACGCCGCCGGACCGCGCCCUCCUCCGGGCAGGGGUGCUCAAGAAGAGAUCCGCCCCAUUCGAGAAAGCGGCUGCACGUAUCUGCCGCGAGGCCGGGGGCCGAGUCGCAGAGAAGCAGCUCCUGCGAGACCUCAACGUGGACGGCGUCGACCCCCGCGACGGGCGCAAGAUCGAGGUCAUCGCGAACGGCCUGCCGCUCUGGGGAGGGGCGCAGCUGGCGAUUGACGCGACCCUGGUGUCGCCAGUCCGCACCGACGGCACCGCGCAGCCCAGAGCCGCGGACGAGGACGGAGUCCAGCUCGCGGUCGCGCGGGGCCGGAAGGAAGCGACCUACCCCGAGCUCAUCGGGUCAAGGAGAUGCCGAUUGGUUGUGCUGGGCUUGGAAGUCGGCGGCAGGUGGUCCGAGGAGGCCCUGACCUUCGUCCGGCUGCUCGCCAGGACCAGAGCCCGCAACGCGCCGCAGCGACUCCGAGCGUCGGCGCGGGCGGCGUACCUACACCGCUGGACAGGCUUGGCUGCGGUCGCGGCCCAGAGGGCGUUCGCGGCCACGCUGCUGGAGUUGCCGCCGCACACCCUGGCCGUCGACGGGGACGAGCCGCACCUCGCCGACCUCCUGGCGGACGCCCGCUACACGGAGACGCCGGCCCCUAGCCGACUGCCGCCGUGUUUCUGA